AUGCUUCGACUCAAGACCCUCUCUUCCGCCGUUCGAGUGCGAUCGGGCGCAGGCUUCGCCCAGACCGGCCUCCGAGGCUACGCUUCCCUCUGCGAGACCUACUUCCCCAAUGAGCCCAAGGCUCCCGUGGUCAAGACCUCCUUCCCCGGCCCGGCCACCCAGGACGCCCUGCUGUCUCUGGACUCGGUCUUCGACACCCGAGCAGCCAACUUUGUUGCCGACUACGAAAAGUCCGUCGGCAACUACAUCCAAGACGUCGAUGGCAACAUCUACCUGGACGUGUACGCCCAGAUCUCGUCCAUUGCUCUGGGUUACAACAACCCCAAGCUGGUGGAGGCCUCCAAGUCGCCCGAGAUGAUCUCGUCGCUCGUCAACCGACCCGCCCUCGGAAACUUCCCCUCCUCCACCUACGAGAAGAUCCUCAAGGACGGUAUCAUCGCCGCCGCUCCUCCCGGCUUCAAGGACGUGUGGACCGGCAUGACCGGCUCCGACGCUAACGAAACCGCCUUCAAGGCCGCCUUUCUGUGGAGACGAACCAUUGAGCGAGACGGCCAGCCCUUCACCGAGGCUGACGAGCAGUCUGUGAUGAACAACCAGGGCCCCGGAUCCGCGUCUCUCUCCAUCAUGUCAUUUGACCACGCCUUCCACGGCCGUCUGUUUGGCUCGCUGUCCGCCACCCGAUCCAAGCCCAUCCACAAGCUCGAUAUCCCUGCGUUUGACUGGCCCAAGGCCCCUUUCCCCAUGCUCAAGUACCCUCUGGACAAGCACGCCAAGGAGAACAAGGCCGAGGAGGAGCGAUGUCUCAAGGCCGUGGACGAAAUCCUCGCCAAGAACCCCAUCCCCGUGGCCGCCAUCAUCGUCGAGCCCAUCCAGUCCGAGGGAGGAGACAACCACGCCUCCCCCGAGUUCUUCCAGGGACUGCGAAAGAUCACCAAGAAGCAUAAUGUGCUCAUGAUCGUCGACGAGGUGCAGACCGGAGUUGCUGCCACCGGCAAGUUCUGGGCCCACGAGCACUGGAACCUGCCCUUCCCUCCGGACAUGGUCACCUUCUCCAAGAAGUUCCAGGCCGCCGGCUACUACUUCUCGGACCCCAGCAUCAAGCCCAACCUUCCCUACAGACAGUUCAACACCUGGUGCGGUGACCCAUCCAAGGCCAUCAUUGCUAAGACCAUCUGGCAGGAGUGCGACAAGCACCAUCUGUCCAACCGGGUGGCUGAGGUUGGCUCCUACCUCUACGGCAAGCUGCAGAAGCUGGCUGAGAAGUACCCCAAGGAGAUCAACAACCUGCGAGGCAAGGACUGUGGUACCUACAUUGCCUGGGACGCCUCCUCCGGCAAGGCCAAGGACGCCCUGGUGUCUGGAAUGAAGGCCUUUGGUGUCAACAUUGGCGCCUGUGGCGUCCAGACUGUUCGUCUGCGACCCAUGCUGGUCUUUGAGGAGAAGCACGCUGAUAUUCUUGUCGGUGCUCUUGACUCGUACCUUUCUCAGGCCAAGUAG